CAGUGAACAAAGCCGUUUGGUCUGGACUCUAGAGAAAACACAAGUAAAAAAAAGUUCGGCGCUGAUCAGUGCAUUAACCCGCCUUUUUGAGUGCGAGCAUGCAGCAAGGCGUCGUGAUGAUCUGUAGGUGGGCUGGCAAGCUGAACUGCAGUUAGGGUUGGUGCUGCCCCGCAAUCGGCGCUGUGGUUUAAUGGAGGUACGUACCAGUCGCGUGAAGACGCGACCAGUGCAGCUCGCAUUUCCUUUGCGCAAGCCAGCAAACAGAUAAGCCCUCGACAUUUUGACAGCAAUUCAGUGACGAUACGACACCGACACCAAGAACUAAACCGAUAUUCCCAAAAUAUAGCCACUGGAAUUUUGAGGCUGCGGGCUUCCGACGAUCCGCGCCUGAUUCAAUGCCGACCCGCCUACAGGACUCGGACGGGGAGUCGCAAUCCCCAUCACCCUCCCAGUCAUCACAACCUACGCCCGCGCAACGCAUAGUAGCAGUAAGGGAACGAGAAUCUAGUCGCGUAGUCUCUACUUCGAAGAGGAAACGUGCCGACACGAGAACUGGCGAAGGGGCAAGCCACCGACUUCGAACCGCAGAGCCCGAACAGGAGAGCGACGAGGAGGACAGCGACGAGGUUUACGAUCCAGACCAACCGUUGGACCAACGGCGAAAGGUGCAGCAGGGAUUCAGAGAUUUGCUCCGCGAGAUUACCGAGAAUACCGAAGAAUAUCUCCAGCCAGACUCGCGAGGCUUACACGAUGCCAUCUUGAAGGCUGAUCUGCUCACGAAGCAAGUUCGACAAACAACCGAAGCUACAAUCGAUUCGCGACUGCUCGUCAGCACAACCGACUUGUCAUAUCGGAAAACGCUGCGUCUCACCCAAGGCAGCCUGUCGCAAGGCAUCGACGUGGAUGAGUUUGUAUCUAAAUGCAUCACCUACAUGCGCCAGGGCAGAGGAAUCCAAGACGACAACGGUCCAGGUCUUUCAAGCACGCAGCGUCAAAGGAGAAGGCCGACUCGCGGUGGAGAGGAUGAGGAAGAUGAUAUUGGAGACGAGGGUGAUAUGAUGAAUUGGCCACAUUUGGGCCGAUUCGCCUCGUUGCCCUACAUUAGACGGCCUGCGCUGCCUGGCUUCCUCCUCGGCCCGCUGUCGGUUGAGAAAAAGGCACGCAAGAUCACCAAACGAAGCGCUCCCUUCCGGCCAAAUAACUUGACCGAAACGAGACCGGAGGUUCUCAACGUCGAGGACCUUGCCAAGAGAGAAAACGAUCUGACGGCAAUUUGCGGCAAAAUUCUUCAACAACUCAACACUCUCCAAGCAGACCUUCAAGAAGCAGUUGCUGACUUGCUUAAUGACGACAUGGACGACAAAGAGAGGGAUACUAUCAUGCACAAACAUGGCCUCAGGAGCACGGGAGGAAUCGAUCUGAUGCGAUUUGUGGUCAAUCCAAAAUCUUUCGGCCAGACCGUGGAGAACAUGUUCUACGUUAGCUUCCUCAUCCGUGACGGAAGGGUUGAGAUCGACUUUGACGAAUUUGGUCUCCCAGCCUUGGCGCCUGUUGAUCGAGAGGCAGAGGAAGAGGGCGCGGCCAGACACAGUGCGUCCAAGCACCAGGCGAUUCUAUCUAUGGAUAUGGAGACAUGGCGUGACAUCAUAGACACCUUUGAUCUCAAAGAGCCUAUGAUUACUCACCGCCAGGAAGCUACCAACACGGGGCCUGGGGCACGGGGAUGGUAUAGUUGAGCGGCCGGAUUUGGCAGCAUCACAAUUGAAGGGAGCUGGCAUUUGCACUUCACCAUCCGAACUAGUUGCCCAAACAUGCUGGAUUUCUUUGUUACUGUGCUGGUCACACCCACAGACACGUCUUCGCUGCGCGCCAACGCUAGCUGAGUCUUUGUUCUGUGCCACUACUUGUUUUGAUUCAUAAUGUUGCGGCCAGUUAUUGGUUCGUGCAAUGCCAUCCCUUAGCUCGGUGGUCACAUUUACUUGCACGGAGCGAGUUGCCGGAUGGGGUUGGGAAGAGAAUGAGGUCGGACAACGGCAAUCGUAUUGUCCCCCCUUGCAGUCGGUGCAAAGUUUACGGUCUCUCAGCGACAACCUAAUAUACAAGGUCACCUGCUUAUUUCCCCU